GCCAGCCGUGCCUGCGUCAUCAUGCUUCCUUCCCACCUACUGCUCGCCCUGCUGCUGCUGACAUCGCUGGCGAUGCUGCCUGCACCUGCGGACGGGACCCUCGGCGUCCCCCUGGGCUUGAUGCUGCCAGCCGCGCUGAUCGGCCUCCCGUUCGGCCCGCUAGCGCUGGGCAUCGGGGCAGUAGGCAUCAAGAUCGCCAUCCUGAGCCGGAUCAUCGCUUUCCUCGCUGGUAUCGUGCGAAACCGAGGCCCGCAGCGCGGCAUCAGCGUCAGGAAGGAGUUUGUCCACAUUCCGGUCAAGAACCUGCAGCAGGCGCCUAUCGUGGCCCCGGGCCCGCCCCGCUCGCUGGCGCACGCGUUCAGCCUGCCCUCGCACCAGCCCUACGGCUUCCCGGGUGGCCUGCACGCGGCGUUCGCCAGAGGUCCGGCGUCUCCGUUUCAGGUGCCCGUUCCGCAGCCAUUCGCAUUCUCUCGGCCGCCACAGUUCGUGCCUCCACCGCCACCGUUCCAUUUCGUGGUUCCUCCGCGACUAGCCGUGGUCCGACCGGAGCCGACGCAAGACCUGUCGCCGGACAAGAUCCUUCACGGCGCACAGCCGCCGACCGGCGGCACUUUCGACCAGUUACUGCGCAUCGCUCAGUCACCGGCCGUGUCCACCAUCGUGAACAACAACCCGGACCUGGUAGUCAAGUUCAUCCAGGGCAUCGCCGGCUCGAAAUCGCUGCAGACGCCCAUCGGGAAUGCGCACAGCAUCGCGGGUCUGACAGGCAGCAAGGUGGGCGGCGGUGACAUCGAGGCCCUCCUAAACUUUGUACGCCAGGACCCGAACCUCGUGCGCAACAUCGUAAGGGCGGACCCGGGCUUCGUACCCAGCCUCGUGAACAACAUCCUGGGCAUACCGGGCCAAGCACAGGAGCCGACACCCGCGCCGCCGGCCAACUUCUCUGGCUUCGACUCCAAGCAACCGAUUAACGACACAGUAGAGGGAUCCUCGGACGUUCCAGCUAACGUUCCCGUUGACACUAAAGAAGCUGAAGUUCCUACCGUUCGGCCGUCGGCAGCGCCCAAGACCGCGGUCAAGCCGCCAGCGUCUUCUUCCCCGGGUGUUUACUCAAUUCAGGGCUACCCGCAAACGUUUUACAACCUUCCCAACUACAGACCGUCACCGUAUGCUCCCUUCGGGUAUCCCGCCGUAAUCGGCGAACCUCAACACCACUUCGAGUUCCCCGGUUUUCCUUGGCAAACUUCGAUGUAUCGGCAGGAUUUAAACGCGUUGAAGCUCGCGGCUUAUCUAAGUCGCGCGUCCGAGAAAAAAGACGGCACCAACGCUCAUGCCAAUAAGCAACAGUCGACCGUCCAGGAGUACGGGUCAGUUCGGAAGGACAAACCUAAAGCAUUGCCCCCAACUGUUGUCAGUACAGAGCGACCGGAAAAGUCCACCAUCGAAGCGUACGAGUCUGUUAGGAAAGACACACCCAAGGCAUCGCAUAAAACAGACGCGACCACACAGUUGCCUGCCGUCCUAGAGUCCUACGGACUACUUCGGAAAGACAAGUCUAAGACGACGUCCCCGACUACUGCCGCAACAACACAAAAACCAAAGCAGCCCGCCGUCCAAGCGUAUGCACCUGUUCGGAAAACCAAGCCCGAGACGUCGUAUCAAAAGGUUCAACCUGAACUCAAACCGGCCAUCCCAACUUACGGAUCAGUUAAGGCCAAGUCUAAGCCUUCCUAUCAAAGCCAGGUCGUGACAGAGAGUCCCGCCACCCAGAAAUACGGGGCAACCAGGAGUGGCAAACCGAAACCCUCCUACGUAGCCAGCACUGGUCCAGCUGAGCCAGUGGUUAAGGGCGCCGCAGUUGUCGCCGAGAAGCCGGUCAUCGAGCAAGAUCUGCCUGACGCGAAGGAAACGAAAGGCGACGUGUACACCUCAGGCCAAGGGAGCUCGCCUGCAGUCGAUGGAAUCGGUAGGCCCGCCGUGAAGGAAAUGGCUCCACCACCCUCCGUCAGGCCUGUCUACGUGCCUGCCACAGGCAAGUUCCGAAAGGAUGGAAAGGGUGGUCCAGAGGAGAACGUGGGAAGCUUCCCUGCUGCCCUCUGGGACCCGACUGCCUUCGGCAACCAGGACACGAAGGACAGCCAGAGCACCGGUCCGGCCAAGUCGAGAGUCCGCCGGGACAGCCCUGACCCCACGACGACUUCGCCCCAGUUGGACUUGGACGAUGCACGCACCUACGGCGGUCGCAAGUGCGUCUUCAAGAUGGUCUGCUUCAUCGGCGCCAACGACCACACGUACGGCAGGUACGGCGAGAGCGCCUCCUACGUCGCCAGGUACAUCGCCCGUUUCACCGCCCCUUACAUCAUCAGGUACGUGGACAGGCUAAUAAGCACCAGCGAUGUGGCGGACGCCUACAACCGCGCGUACGAAGUGGGCCGAACGCACGGCGGCGAAGGCUGCCGCAUCAAGUACAACAGCUGUCCCAUGACGGUCGUCGACCUGAUCAGCCUGUCGGCGAACUUCGGCUGAAACCCUCGGCGUGGUGCGACGAAAAUGGAGCCCAGCCUGUACAGCGCUGCGGACAGUGUGUGGACCGCGGCCUCUAGGACACAUCCGAGACGCAGUCUUCCACAGCGAGCAGUGUUUGGCAGGGGCGCCUACAUCGCAGUGAUAUAGUAUAAUGGCCGCAUGGAGCUUGGCGACCUGUCAUGCUUUGGCGACCUCCUUUGAUAACAGUUGUUCAUGUUAUGUUGUAAAAAACAAAUGAUACUAUAUGCAUGAGAUUUAGAAGCUUUCGUGGCAGAAACUGGGACGUACUUUUCUGCUUCCUACAAAUUUUUUUUUAUUGGAGAUGAUUUAUCGGCAACCGCGUGCAACCUCGUACACUCCGUAUGUAGCAGGAGGUUCUCGCCUAUAGUGUUGUUUUAUUGUGCAGCAUAUCACACAUUUACUUCGUAUUUAUUAAGCUCAUCACCGCCACUGUGUCACACCCACACAUGCGGAACUUUGCUUUCUCAUGUGUCUGUAUAUAGCGUCAAU